AUGUGGUCGUGGUUUGGCGGUGCCUCGGCACAAGCAAAGAAAGAUGCCCCCAAAAACGCCAUUCUAUCGCUCCGGCAGCAGCUGGAUAUGUUACAAAAAAGAGAAAAAUAUCUAGAAACACAGAUGUCGGACCAAGAUGCUAUUGCGAGGAAGAACGUCACGACGAAUAAAAACGCUGCCAAAGCUGCUCUACGUAGAAAAAAGGUUCAUGAACGAUCACUUGAGCAAACAACAGCCCAAAUCAUCCAGAUAGAACAGCAAAUAUACUCUAUCGAGGCCGCGAAUAUCAACCAAGAAACUUUGAAUGCAAUGAAGAACGCUGGUACUGCCAUGAAACAAAUUCAUAGUGGUCUAACAAUCGAAAAAGUUGACGAAACAAUGGAUCAAUUACGUGAACAACAUGCUCUUAGUGAAGAGAUUGUAAACGCAAUCACAAACGCUCCAAUUGGCGAACCACUCGAUGAGACAGAACUAGAGGCCGAACUCGAGGGAAUGGAGCAAGAAGCUAUUGAUGAGCGGAUGCUCAAGACAGGCACCGUUCCUGUUGGUGACAGACUUGACAAGCUACCCACAGCGGCAAAUGGAGAACUCAAAGGCAAAUCCAAGGCAACAGAAGAAGAAGACGAAGAAGCCGAGUUAGAAAAAUUAAGGGCCGAGAUGGCCAUGUAA